GGGUACCGCCCCGAUAGACUCAGUUUUAAACCGGAACUCGAAGCGAAGACACGCGCCACUUUUACACACCGAAACACACUUGUAUCGAUACCAAAAUCACAAUUAACUUAAUUUCAAUUUAAUAAAUCAAAAAGUGAAUGUAAAAAAAAUUGUUGUUGUCAUUAAAAUAGUUUUAAAGAAAUAAUUCGAGAUAAUCCAAAAAGACCGACAUCGAUAUUUCGCUUUUUGGGACCAAAACUCGCGCUUUAUCGCGAAUAGUACAAACAAGAAAAUAUAAAUCAAGAACGAACAUGCACUUACCUUAGAAACGAACAACUCUCCUCCUCCAUGGAAUCAAAAUUGUAGCCUUUUUUUUAAGCAAAUCCUGGAAAAGAAGAUAUAGGAGAAUUAAAUCAAGAUGCACGGAUCUGCAGGACUUCACUCGGCGAUGGCGAUCAAACGUCAAAGGCGUCAACGCGAACAAGCCGCGAAGAAACGCCGCGAACGAAGAUUAUCUUCGAGAACUUCCAGCACCAACAGCAUCGAUAGGGAUCACCCAAUGUUUCGAAAACAAUCGAUCGUCCCGAAAGAAAGUACUUUAGCCACAUCGAUAGGGAUGCUUCACCUCGGAGUUUGCUUCUUAGUACUCGGUCUUUUCUUAAUCGGAUCCGGGUUAUUACCGGACGAUAUGGUGACAUGGAGAGGCGGGGGUUGGUGGAACGAGCUUGUCGCGACCGGAAUUUUCGUGGCAGCUCUCGGGGUAUUUUUAAUCAUUUUAAAUCGAGUGGUGAGCAAACACGAAGAAGAAAACUUAAACGAAUAUGUUAAAUCGCAAUUAACAAGAUCGAAAAGCGGACAUCGAUUGGAACAAGAUCUCGAAACGGGUUGUUUAACAACAAAGAAUCACCGAAGAAUAUUGGAGCGCAAAAGAGAAGAUAUUGAAAGAGGAUUAGGACCAAGCGAUGAUUUACCCGACAUUCAUAGUCCCUUAAGCAAAAUAGCCCCAAAUGGGGGGAUGAUACAAAACGGGGAUGCGCAUUUGGAAAAAAUAGUCGAAGAAGAUAAUAACCCGCAAGAUUUCGAAAUUUACUUCAAGGAGACCAUCUCGACCACAACCACAGCAAGUCCAGGAACGCCAUCGGAAACCCGAGAAUUAUUAAGCAACGGGAAACAACAUAAACCUAACAUUUGAAAAAAAUAAUCAUAUCAUUUCUUUUAAAGACCAAACAAGCAUUCCAAUAACCAUCCAAAAAGAUAUUUAAAUAAUUUAAACUUUUUUCUCUAACGCAAAAAUAAACUAAAAUAUCUUUAUAUUUAAGAUGAUAAGAAAAAAAAUAUGCAUAUUAAAGUAAUUAUAAUAAUAAGAAUAUAUUCACGUGGAAUCUCGUUUCUUUUUCAAGGAAGAGUUUUAAACGAAAAAUUUUAAGAAAAAUUGGCUCUUAUUCGAUUAUUAAAUAGCUAAUAAUUGCACUGCCUAAUUACUAAUUGCUCGUUAUCAACUCUCUUGUUUAUCGAAUCGGAUUGUUCCUCGUGAUAUUAAGAUGCGUCUAUUUAUACAUUUUAACAUUUUUACAGCACGUUUUCUGCAAAAUUAACUGUAACAUUCAGAUCAAACGAUACAAUUUGGUUUUGAAGGAUAAAUCAUUAACCUCAAAGAUUUACAUCAACCUAAUUCUGUUUUGGAAUUACUUCCAAUGGAUUAAAGCGACUAGUUUGUAGUUUAGUUUCUUCGAAGUUUGAUUAACUAACUUAGAACUUGAAUUACUUCAUAAAUAAGUUCUCUUAGAGUUCGGGUAGCUUAAUCUAGAGUUCACGUUAUGUUGUAAUUGGAUAAUGCAUAUUACAAGCGCAAACAUCAUAACUCCAAUAGUGAAAAUGUGAUGUUGUUUCUUUAAGAUAUAACGUUAUAUUUUCUCUGUUGUAGUUAAGCCGCAGUCUUGGUUUAAUCUGUUAAAAAACCAUAAGGCCAAAGUGCCAGAAUAUGACGAUCAGUUUCAAAUUGAUACAAUCUUAAUAACUGAGCCUCAGCCGCAAGCGCUCUCGUCUUUAUGAAACAUCAACAAGUCUAUCAUAGCUAAGUCGAGGUUGCAGGUGACUUUGGCUUUAUGAAAUAUCAUUAUAUUUCCUCUGUGGUAGCUAAACCGAGGUUGAUAACGGCCAAGGCGUUAUAAUUCAGUUAGUUUAUCCCUGAAUUGAAAGAGAAGUUAAAAUUCAAAAAGAAAAGUAUCAUUUGAUCUGAAUAAAAACAAAAAAGAAGCACUGUGAUUUAAACCCGGUACUUAUUAUGUUAGACAAUCAACUUUGUUUUAUCACAAAACAAAUUUGGACACAAAAAUAAAUGACUCAACAAAUUAGCUUAAUUUUAUUUAACGA